AUGGCCUGGCAACUCGGAAGCGAAUGCACGAAAGGGUGGAGAGGUGUGGACGUCCCGACAGACUUUUUUUUUUUCCAAACGGACUCGUCAAUGAUACUGGCGAUGAGACCACGAGCGGAACGGGGAAGAAGUGAUCAGAGCCAACUGUACGCACAGAGUGUCUGUGUUGGUAGUGUACUGGCACAAGGUCCAUGGUGGAUGCUGAAGCGAGGGCGGUGUCGGCUUUUGACGAAUCUCCUUUUCUCUUCCACCACUACCAUGGUUACAGGAGAAUACCUCAAUGAAUCUCUCGCAGUCAUCAGAGCAGCGACCAGCGGACUGUCAUUGCGAGUGGUAGAACGAGCCCGUCUCCAAAUUUCUCUACGUAGCGCAACCACUCCUUACCCUCCCUUUCUUUUGGGUCAACCCUGUUCUUCAACGCUGGGACAUUAUGUGAAGAUCUUCGACGAAAUCUGUCAAUAUCAUGGUUCGAAGCAGAGCCCAGACUCUGGAUUGGUGCGGGUCCUGGAAGAGUCAUGGUCAUGGGUAUGGUAUUCCGUCGCAGAGGAAAGUAGCUCCGCUUUUCUGAAAUACAUACCGUUCAGACUUUUGCACUGGAAGGCUAUUGAGUGGAAGCUUGCACCAGUCAACCAUCCGUGUAGUGGAGAGAUUAUCCUGGAAUCCACGCGUCAAGGUGUCUCUUCUACCACACACCUGCAUCUGCAUGUCCUCUACAUUUCCCAUAGAUAUGAAGAAAUUGAUGUACUUGGCAUAUACGUCUUACUGGAGCGUACACAGACGCGCCUGUUAAACAUGAAGGACAAAUCGGGCUCUCGGACCUCAAUAUGGAACGUCAAAGGAACGGCGACAAUUUACAUGGUAGUAUCGAAAGACCUGGACUCGCGUUUUGAUUCAAAGUUGAACACGGAGAUGCUAACGGAGGGCAUCAACGACGCGAUCAGAGAAGGAUUUUUGACGAGCUGGACAGACACCUCGAUUAAUCAGCUGCGAGAUCAGCCCUCCUUCUCCAGGCAGGUACCAGUAUAUGCCGCCCCAGGAAAUUCUUCUACCGAGGAACAACGUUUCUCCGCGACCACGAAGAAAUGGUAUAGCUCAGGUGGUUGA